UUAUUUGUUAUAAAACUGUCAAAAUAUAGAGAUUGUCAUACGAUUUAAUUCGCGGAUUAAAGUGUUGUUUUUUAUACAAUUGUGUUGGGAGACUAAAGUCUGAAAAGGUUUUUAUUUGUUAAAAGACAGAUUAGCUAAUUCCACAGAUCAAAGUCAAUCGAUAAAAUCAACUUCUACGAAUACAUUAAAGAAUUGGAACAAAGUUCAAACACAUUGUACAUAGUGAAAACGAAGGAAUAAAAGAAAAUAAUGGUUGAUAACGUUGGCAAUACAAAUAAUUUCCGAUCUCCUAUAUUGAUGGAAUCAAAUUUAAUACCACCAGCAAGUAUUUCAACUGGCGGAGGGAUACGUACCGUGGGAAAUAACAGUGAUUCACAACUACACACACCUUUCGCUGGGAAUGUGCGUGCUUUACCACCACCGCUGCCACAAGCUCCUUAUGGUACCAACACCGGCUAUAGUAGCAACAACACUUUCGGUGCAUACGGAGGUUAUACAGGUUAUAAUAAUUUUGGCAACAGUUUUGGCUCAUACGGUGGUUAUGGUAACAGUUACGGCGGUUUCGGUUCAUUUGGUGGCUAUGGCAGUGGUUUUGGUGGUGGCUACAAUCGUUUUGGCAUGGGUGGCAUUAAUCCGAUGGAUCCUGAAAUGCGUUUCAUACAAAUGGCUGAAGCGAGCGCUAGACCUGCGUUUCAAAGUAUUGAAUCACUUGUUUCAGCUAUAGGAAAUAUAGCGGCAAUGUUGGAUUCCACAUUUUUUGCACUGACUAGUUCAUUUCGUGCUAUACUGGGUGUGGCAUCAAAUUUUGGACGAUUACGUGGAGUAUUUGCACAAUUUUGGCAAACGUUCGCCAUACUGCGUGGACUAACAUGGAUUUAUAAAAAAAUGUUGUACUGGCUUCGUUUAUCCAAUAUUGAUCCCUCAAGCGAGACUUUCAAACAAGCUUUUGCCGAAGCAGUUAAUGAUUCUGCACAACAGUCGGGUGCACCUAAGUUACCGCAUAAAGGUCAAUCCCCAUGGCCUGUGCUGGCAUUUAUAAGCUUUAUAUUUACAGCACCAUAUCUUAUCAUGAAACUCUUGGGUACUGUUACAAAUACAGCGCAGGAAGAAGCACGUAAUCCAAAGAAGUGGAUUAAUCCAAUCGAAACUAUUGCAAUGUAUGAUUUUCAAGCCAGAAACCCUACUGAAUUGAGUAUGCAAAGCAAUCAACCUUUGCUCAUUGCACCGAAAGAAAUACAGAAUACUCUUGGCAUGUUGAAUACCGGCUGGGCAAUAGCCUGUACUGUGGACCGUCAACAAGUUGGUAUUCUACCGAUAAAUUAUGUCAAAAGUCCGCAACAAUUGCGUGAAGAACAACAAAAACAACAACAACCGUUAAUGCCUGAGUUGACAGAGACGAACAUAAACAAAGAACCACAACCAGCGUUGAUGGACUUAUCAGCAACAUCUUUCCCUGCACCUCCCACAAUGCAGCAACAAAAUGUUGGUACUGGCGCGCUGCCUGAUUUCGAUAUCGCACCACAACCACUUGGGACACCUGAUAAUGCAACGCUAUUAGCCACUAGUGGCAGCGAUGAAAUGUAAUGAGUGCAUUAUUAUAAGUGUGGAAUUGUGUGUUUAAAUUGCUGUAACUUUAAGUUAUUUUAUAUAUUUAUGCGUAAUACGUCGAGAAUUCCUGUUGCUCAAGUGAAUUAGUUAAAAGUUAUAUACUGUGAAUUUUGUUAAUUUCAUUUUGUUGCAUAUUUUUUGCAUUUUCCAUUUCCUGUUUUUUUUUUUCAUUUAAAUAGGUGUAUAGUAAAUUUAAAAUUUUUAAAUAUAUGCACGUAGGUUUAAAGUUGUAGCUUUAUAUAUAUUAUAACUAUUUUUGUGCACUGAUUUAUUUGUAAGCUUCACUGAAAAACUGUUAGGCUUCAAUAGCGGUAAUUCUUAUUUUUGGCAAAUAAAAUUUAUGUAUUAAAAUUACUAUAA